UUGCUGUUAUUUGAACGGAGUUUCUGUCUCGUUAGUGAUCAGGUGGAUGCUGUUUCUUGGCCUCGUCUGUGGCCGGUCAGUGGCACUGUGGUCCUCUGUGUCUGAUCUCUAACUAUGUUUCUGCCCUCUUCUCCUCUCCUCACUACAAAGGAACAAUAACAACAGCUGCUGUGAUCACACCGAGGACUCACUCACUCUCCAUGAGGCGGAGAUGACUUAGACUCCUUCCCUCCUCUGAGGCUGUUGCACUUGUUUUAAUGGCUGAUCCUUCCUGGCUGCUUUAUUUGGAGGCUGUUUUCUGCGCGUCAACAAUGAGGAGCAUGCUGCUGCUGCUGGAGCGACGCUGAGCGCGGAGAAAGAGCGCCUUUCACUCAAUGGGCUUUUUAUAUUUAGCUCUGUGAGGAAGAAGGAAAGAGGAGAGCCUGAUCCCCGUGUUGUCUGACAUUUUGAUCCCUCUGAGACCGUCUCAGCCCCCCAAAACUUGUCGUCCUUAGCGCGGAGCGCGUUAUCGGGCUAUGUGGUGGUGAGGAGGAAUAACGCAGAUUUAUCUACACCUCCGAGGGAAAAGAUGAUGAUGGCCGGUGGUGGUGGAGCGGCCGUGGACCAUAACGGGAUCUACUCAAACCCGAACCUGCACAGUCUGCAGCAGCCCCUCAUGGAGGCGGAUAACCCGGACUCCCGAAAACGACCGCUGGAAACUCAGGCGGAGGAGGCCGGCUGUACCAAGCGCACCAACAUUGGAGAGGAGGGUGAGUACUUCCUGAAGGUGCUGAUCCCCAGCUAUGCAGCCGGCUCUAUAAUUGGCAAGGGCGGCCAGACCAUCGUACAACUGCAGAAAGAGACGGGUGCCACCAUUAAGCUGUCCAAAUCCAAAGACUUCUACCCAGGAACAACAGAACGUGUGUGUCUGAUACAGGGUACAGUCGAAGCACUCAAUGGUGUCCACAACUUCAUCGCGGAGAAGGUCCGAGAGAUGCCCCAGAGCGCCCAGAAACCUGAGCCAGUCAGCAUACUGCAGCCACAAACCACAGUCAACCCUGACCGUGUCAAACAGGCCAAAUUGAUUGUGCCCAAUAGCACGGCUGGGCUGAUAAUCGGAAAGGGUGGAGCCACAGUGAAAGCAGUCAUGGAGCAGUCAGGGGCUUGGGUGCAGCUCUCCCAGAAGCCUGAGGGCAUCAACCUGCAGGAGCGAGUGGUGACCAUCAGCGGGGAGCCUGAACAGAACCGUAAAGCUGUGGAGAUCAUAGUACAAAAGAUCCAGGAAGACCCUCAGAGCAGCAGCUGCCUCAACAUCAGCUACUCCAACGUCUCGGGCCCAGUGGCCAACUCCAACCCCACUGGCUCGCCCUACGCUAACACGGCAGAGGUGCUGCCCAACGCCGCCGCUGCAGCCGCCACUGCCUCCAGCCUCCUAGGCCAGGCCGGCUUGACGGGAAUGGGGGCGUUCCCUGCCGCCAUGUCUAGCUUCUCUGGCAAUGACCUGCUGGCCAUCACCUCAGCCCUCAACACACUGGCCAGCUACGGCUACAACACUAACACCCUGGGCCUCGGCCUCAACCCUGCGGCUGCAUCUGGGGUCCUCGCUGCAGUAGCAGCUAGUGCUAACCCAGCUGCUGCUGCGGCAGCUAACCUGCUGGCCUCUUAUGCUAGUGAUGCCUCCAGCAGUGCUGGCCACCCUGCGACAGGGCUUGGGGGCUUCUCCCUGGGUUCUCUAGCAGCAGCGACAGGGGCUUCCAAUGGUUACCUAAAUGCUUCAUCCCCACUGAUGGCCUCCUCCUUGUUGGCAACGGAGAAGCUGGCAGACGGGGCCAAGGACGUGGUUGAGAUCGCUGUGCCCGAGAAUCUGGUCGGUGCCAUUUUGGGGAAAGGAGGGAAAACGCUGGUUGAGUACCAGGAGCUAACAGGAGCCCGCAUCCAGAUCUCCAAAAAAGGAGAGUUCAUUCCUGGUACUCGGAACCGUAAAGUUACCAUAACAGGGUCGCCAGCCGCUACGCAAGCAGCACAGUAUCUGAUCAGCCAGCGGAUCACCUACGAGCAGGGCGUACGCGCUACCAACCCACAAAAGGUGGGCUAAAAACAAGAAGAAGAGGAAAGGAUGAGGACAGAGAUAGAAGGGAACCGAGAGGGUCACGAUGAAUAGAAAAAAGAAACGUCCAAAUAUCUGUUCAAUAUUUCAGUAUCAAAUGAGAGAAUACCUAAGGAGGAGGUGGGGGAGACAACCAAGAUAAGUGUGUGUGAUAUGUGAAUGUGUUUUUAGGACUGACGUCCUGAUGUUUUUUAAAAGUUUGUGUCGAGUCCUUUUGACGAUGGUGAUCAGAGUAAGCUGGACUGGUCCACUGCCAAGCUGCAGAUUUAAGGGUGAGGCCGCAGGGCUUCACCCUCCUCCAAAACCUCAUAGCUCUUUUAUUUUAUUUUCUAUCUGAUUGGGUUUUUUUGGUUUUGAUUUAAGUUGCAAACGCUCAGCUCCCGGUGAGCUGAGCGUGUCAGAUUGAGUUCCAGCCAGCGUAUCAAGCUGUUUUACAAAACCUUUGCUCUUUGUGUGCAAUGCAGACUGCGUUGUUAACAGAGGAGAGGUUUUAUGACAAGCACCUGAGGUUAUCUCAGUCCAUAAGGGAAGCAAUCGAGUAUAAUUUCUUUAGAGAAAUCACAUCUAUGUUGACAUAUGUUGAAUUCUGGCUCAUAUCAUAAUUGACGUUUCUAAAUUUGGGUAUUUUAUACUUCCAUCCUUUAUUUAUUGACAUGGUCUCAUCUAAACACAAAUAGAUUAUUUAAACCUGUGAAAGCAGGUUGAUCUGAAUGUAAAAACAAUAUUAGCCUAUUGCUAUUUUUUAUUUACAGGGAUCAAAUAUUGUGUUGCAGUGAAAGAAAUGUAUAAUUCUGUAAACCCAGUCUGAACUUCACUGUUGCUGUCUGCAAGUAUAGUUCAGGGGUUAAAUAAUCAAUGUGAGAGGAUAGAGGAGACACACAGGAAUGUAUAAAUAUAUUUUACAUUUGAACACACGUAGAUGACGCUCCCACAAAAACACAAACACUGAAAACAUAUUUGCAUAUUCAGUCACAGCUACAAACAGAUACUAUGUUGUUGUUUAACCCUUUCUUGGUGCUAUAGGAUUAGGUGUAUAUCUCCAUUUAAUCAGAAUCUUUCUGGCGACUUUUCUUUUUAUCUGAAGCGUCGUCCAGCCAUUAGUAGCCCACGUGAUGUGACCCAGCCUCUCACUUAAUGAAAACGGAUUGAUUUCAGCAUUUUAAGAUGAAAAGCAAUCCAGUCUUAAUAUUAAAGUCCAAAUGCAGUUUAUUUUUUUCUUUCUAUAAUUGGCCAAACUCUAGAUUUUACUACUAUACCAGACAGUGUUUUUGCCUUAGUCACAAACUUUAAAAUCACAAGAAUGAACUUAAAGCUACCUUGAAGCAGUGUCUCACCAGUUCAGUUUGCAAAAAGAACAAAGCACUACAAAAAAGCAUUUUGAUAAGAGAAGCUGUAUGAACCAAUAUCUGUGAACAAAGAAACUAUUGCCUUUACAUUAAGGGUACCAAAUAGUCUAGAGACAUACUCUAAUGAAAGGGAAGUAGAAUGACACUUGAAAAGAAGGUUUGGACUCACUUUUUUCUGUGAGCCAUCCUUCCCAAUUUGCAUCAAGACAAAAAAAAAGUACUGCAGUUCAUCCAGGCAGCCUGUUAUUGCUCCCAAAACACGUUAACGCUCACUAACUUCGAGUCGGAGCACGUAAUAAAACAUUGUGAAAUGUUUUCGGCAUCGUCUUUUAUGGGCAAUUGUUUGUCUAAUGCAGGGAGGCUAAUUGUCUCGAGCAUUUCCAAACACUCUGAAGAUUACCUUGGCUUCCUUCUGUGCUGCUAUCCAUGGUGUUCAUCCUGAGUACACUGGGUCUCUGAAGACUGCACUGUGAGACAUUAAAAACACAAUGUAAAGCGUGUCUGUCCCUGCCUGGGAUGUGAGUAUAUUUUAAUGUGCACAUCUAUGUCACAUAACCCACCGAUACUGACAGAAGGGAUAAAUCUCCACAAGAGCAUUUGUACUCCAGAGUCUUGUGAUGUUUCUGUUUAUCAGUACCAAUGCACUGCAUCUAAAUUAACAUUUUUGAACCACAAAUUUAUCCCGGACACUUUUUCAUGCACCUAAAAACAUCAUUGAAUUUCCUCCACAUCCACCCACACUCAAAGAUCAGCUUCCAAAAUGAACAGCUGUGAGGGUUGUCAUGAGAGCUGCAACAACUAAUCGAUCAACCAUUUGAGUUAAAUUAAGCUCUGAAUAAUUUGAAAAUCAGUUAAUUGUUGAUUUUUUUCUUUUCAAGACUAACGUCAAACAUUUUGUAGGAUCCAUGUUUAUAAAUGAAAUAAUUUUCUGCUCUUUGUUAUUUUUAACCAAGGUCUUGGGUUUAUACUGUGGAUGCCCCAACCAUGUUUUAUGCCGCUGAUACCAAUACUGAUCAUAUAUGAGAGAAAUUGGCUGCUACUGAUCAUGUUGUGUUUGAUACAGCAGCUGGUUUAGUGGUUGGUCAGUCUACUUAGCUUGGCAGUGUACUGGGAUCACCCACAGGUGGCAGUGUUACCUGAUAAAAGAGGGACAGAAGUCAUCCUUAUUCAGUAAACAACAUGCUUUUACUGACUUUGUUCAACAGAGCAGUAUAAAAUCCUCCUUAGGAGCAACGCGACAGGAGUCCUACAGCAAGGACGACUGAAUGAUACGAUGUGAUGAUUUAUUACACGAGCUUACUUAUGUGAAUUAGCAUGAUUAUGAACAGACUGAAAUAACUGUUAAGCCUAUUUUAUAGGCUAAACAGACCUACUCGGAAAUAGGUUUUAUAACAUUAACUCCGCUGACUAAUGCAGUUAUUUUACAUUGCCAAGAAAAUCAACAAAGGUAACCUCCUUAUAACAGUACUGAUUAAAAACUUAGCAAAAACUAUAUUUCCUUUUCCUGGAGUUACAGUUGAACACAUCACAAGGAUGCUUUAUUUACCUUGGCCUUAUAGUCAUUUUACAGACUGGACCUCAAACACAUCAUAAUGUAACAUUAUGUUUCUUAUUAAGUUAGCUUACAAGCUUUUAUCCUGCUGGUUUCAACCAUGGUCUGAUAUUUUUCAUAAAUGGGAUUUACUCUGGUACUUGAGGGGAUUGUGGACAGGUCAGGGGCACAUAUUUUUGUUAGAAAAGCCUAAAAAAGUGAGUUUUGCAUAAUAUGUCCCCUUUAAUCUAUAACCCUACAUAAAUGUUACCUUUUUCAAUAAGGAAGAUAAAACUAAGACUAACUAAAAACAGAUCUUUGAUGAUAAAUGCUCUGACAGGGAGUAAGUUAAAUUUUAAUGAAUGAGACUAAAACAAGGCUAAAAUGUUAGCGCUGGACUGUUUGAGAUUCAAGAUCUAUGAUAGUUCUCCUCUGCAUGUAAGGUAUGUCAGUGUUUUCAUAAGUUUUUUUUAAAUAAAGUAUUGGUAGAGCAUUAAUAUGAGUGUUUUACAUGCUUACAAAUGUUUCAAUUAAGCUGAUUUAAUUAGUUCAAAGAAAACAAAUGCCUUGACUAAAUGUAAUGAAUAAAACAAAAGGACUUUCUGUUGGGCUGAAACUGGACUAAAAUGUUUUUUUGGUGUUGUGAACUAAAGCUAGACUUAAACUAUAAAGAUAAAAAAUGACUAAAAUGUGACUAAAACUGAAAGCAUUUUCAUUUAAAGUCUAUGACUUUGACUUAAUUUAACACAGCUGCUAAAAUAAACACUGAUUAAAGGAAGUCCAUGCUCUGCUGAAAUAAAACAAGUGCACAUAAUCAUAAAACAUGUUUUGUGCCUUUCAUUUGGAGCUGUGGGGGGUUGAUGGGGAACCAAGCAUUGGUACUGGUAUCACUGGAUUUCAAUACUCAUCCCUAAUAAUUACAAGGCACCACACAUACAGUGUUCCUCUCAGCUGCAGAACCAGGAGAUUGCAGGUUUUGGUGACUAGUGACUCAAAGCACUAAUUUAGAUCUUCCAAUCAUGAUUUCCUAAUGAGAACCAGCCUAUAAUGAUCAGUUCCUGAUUAAAUGGGGCAUCCCUAGUUUAAACUGCUGGACUGACAAUUUGCAGACAUCAUUUCUGGCUCUGGGAUACUGUGAUUAGCAUCUCUCACAUCUGUAGGAGAUUUUACUGCCUGAAUGAUUGAUUGAUUAAUUGUAAAAAUCUGCAGAAUGAUUUAUUACGUAAUAAUAGUUUGUUGCAGCUCUGUUUGGCACUGCAAUGUGUCCAGGAAAAAAUCAGAAUCACUCUCCUCCCCAUUUUUCAGGGGGAAUUUAAUGAAUACCCUUUUCAUAUUCAUAAUUCAUAGCUGAAAGCCACAACUCUUUGUGUGAACAUGAAUCAUGGCAACACUGAAAUCUUUUCUUUCACUACGUGUCUGGAGGGCUUCAUGUCAUUCAUUAACAACAAUCUGGCCAAGCAUAAGAAAAACCUUUUACUGCCCAAGAUUUUAGCGUAAUAAUAAGAAACAAGCACAAAACCAGGGGGAUGUUUUAUCAAUGCAACUGGACUGCUCACCUGCAGAGAGCUCUCCGCUAAAAAGCUCUCGGUCUCUACAUUGUGCCAAAUACUAUUUUCUCUCAGCCCCCUCAUUAACUUUCCUCUUUCUCUCAACAUUUUUGAUUCCCCUGUAUGUGGCUGUUUCUCACCCUCCUGUGUCUCUUAUCUCUGUCUGUGCUUCUUCUUCUUCUACUUCUACCUACACUGUGCUCUCCCCCUCUUUCUCCUUCCUCCUGUCUUGUCCUCUCAUGGGCGGUGUGCUGGGUGUGCUGCUGGUGCUGGUGGUACUGGUGGUGGUGGGCGUUAUGCACUAUAGGUCGUGAGGGUAUGAAAAUAUUUUCCCAGGCCGUAGAGUUCACAAGGCUAAACUGCACAGAAAACACCUGCCUCCAAAUACUGUGACACCCACGAGACCAGCCAGCGACAUUAGCUCCAAGUAUCAAAUUCCCUCAACAAGAAGAACACUUAGAUGAGUUUAGACGGUGAACUAUGGCCUUUUUUCUUCCAGAAGAAGGCGAAUCUUGGUUGAAUAAAUAUUCAUCUGUCAGCUGAACAAACUGAGCUCAAGUUUCAGCCUCUACACGAAGCAUAGUAAGGACAGAACGCAUACGAUAGCAAGAGUAAGGUGGGAACUUGUUUGUGACCUCAAGCCGAAACAAUGACAUCCUUUAUGCAUAUCCUCUUAUCUGAAAAAUGACUAGACUUCAUUUCUGUGGAAUACAAUAUGUCAUGUCAUAUGAUCUAUAUGUACUUUAUUGUAGCUAUUCUAGUUUGUAGUCCAAAUGCAGUCCAGCGUUGUCGAUACAAUGUGAACUAUGUUAUAUUUGUGUGGAUGAUGAGAGUGCCAACUAAGCCUGAUUAAGAUUAGCUUCGCGAUUUGUUUGUGCAUUAUGAUGACUCAUCAUCAGCCGGUGGUGUCCAUAUUUCUGUCAUUGAUGAUUUAGUUUGACAGUAAGAAAAUGUAAAGAAUAUUGGAAGCAAUAUAGUAGCAUGUUGUCCUGUUUUGUGUUUUAUGUCUGUUGUAUGAACCUUUGAAAUUACUAAGAUUUUGAAUGAAUAGGUUUACAUGUACUUUUUGUAAGUUAUGAAAAUGCUGCUAUUUGAUAAGUAAACUAUACAAAAUAUUUUAGUUGAAAAGAUGUCUGGUCUGUUGAUUAGAAAAAUGCUCUGAACGGCCGGAGCAUAAAACGAGGUGUAUAGAAAUACUAUACAGUAUUGGUAAGAUAGUAAAAGUAAUAAUAGACUCCAUAGUACAACCUGUGCCAAACUAGACCUCCGCAGCUUCUGAAAUUGUAGAUGUGCGAUCAAAUGUUAGAUAUCAAUAACUUGUUUAGAAGUGCUGAUCAAGUGCCAAUCAAACACUGUCUUUUAAGUUAAGAAAAGAUAAUCAAAUACAUUACUUAAGAAAACAAAGGACAAAGAACUUUUUGUGCAUUGUUUUAUCCCAUAGGUACAUAGAGUAAGAGUUAAAGAUUGUGAUUUUUAUGGAUCCAUGUUGUUUUACACUCCAUGCAUCCCUUGUGUGUUUGUUUGACCUGUGGCUUAAGUACUGCUGUCUCACAAAUGUCUCUCUAUAGGCCAGCAUGGACUAAAGCAUAACAUGUUAUAAGCAUUCAUAACAUACCAUUAACAAUCAAAAAUGUGUUUGUGGAGUUAGGUGUUAUCUUUUUGCACGUCUUCUAUUGCAUGGUAUCAAAAAGUAAAAAUUAUGGAGGAAAAAAAAAGAACAAAAAUUUUGCGAGGGUGCCUCGCAACAUUCAAAGACAUUACGCUGCAUGCAGUCAAAUGUAAAAGCACUUAAGUUUACUCGCCUCAUGUUAAAAAAAAAGUUGUUUUUUUUAUGUCGUGAGUUGGGAGGGAGCUCAUUAUUGUCAUGUUGGCCCAAAACACACCCACACAGAGAUACACAUGCAUAUAUUUCAGAUCAAGUUGUCACCUACACGUCAUCAGAGAUGUUUUAAUUUUUAGGUACAGUGAGGAGUAUUACAAAUGUGAAACAAGCAAACGUGAAAAUGUUACCCAGUGCAUUGGCUAUUUGUGUUUUUUAUAAUAUCAAGCAUGCAUUUCCUUUACCAACAGGUUGAACCUCAUGUAACCUGUCCCAUGAUGUUUUCUAAUGAUUUUUAUGUCACAGCUUAAAAGCCCAGAUCUAAUCUAUGAAUGUACCCAUCGAUUCUCUUUUAAUCAUUUUGAUUUCUGUCGAAUGUUAUCAGUCUUUAAUGUAAAUUCAGGGCAGGAAUGUCAGAUACAUGUAGAGUUAAUAUCUAUGUCAAUAACAGAUUUCAGCUAUAGUCAGGUAGGCCUCACACGGCCACAGUCAUGAACCAGAUAUGUUUUAACACAACUUCCGAUUCGCUGUCAACAUUAUCUUGUUUGUUUGGUGUUGCAUAAAUGCACUUUACUGAUCAGUGGGUCAUUUUGGGUGUAAAAUGAAGCAAAACCAUGUUGUUAAGGGUUUUUUUUCUUUUGCUGUUGCUCUGAUGUUACUUUGAUUUAUUUAUUCCCUGAUCCUGUUGGGUCUCAUGAAUGAUGGAAAGGGCUGGAGUCUCAGACUAAAUAGAAAAAGUAGCACCUGUUUCCUCACAUUCCCUUCAGCAGAGGUUUGUGUCAAUCACUGAGUGCUUUGUUUUUUACCAAUAUGUCAAACCAGGAGGGAUCUGUACAUGUUGCAUCCUCCUUUUGAUUUUAAAUACAAAUUUGAAAACAUUUGUUUUAACUUUCAACUGUUUCGAUAACUGAUGGAUGCAAGCUUGAAAUCUUUGAGGUGACUUUGGUGUCUUUAUUGUGCAUUUUAAAAAUGUCUAACAUGCAUUUAAAGGUAGAUCUGGUGACCAAACUGUACAUGUAAAGACGGGCCUGUGUCCUUUGCUGCUGUUUUGUGCUGGCAGCCCCGGCUUUAAAAUGCAUAACCAAUUUAAUCAAGUAUUUUCAGCGCUUAACGUAAAGGCAGGGCAGUAUGGAGCAACAGCAUCAUAUCUUGAUAUUUUUCAGCUUAAUGGCAGGAAACAAAUUAAAUCUCCUUUUCUGCAAAGAAAUAAAAACAAGGUCAGCUCUAAGUCAAAUCCACAUCAGCUGAAUAUCAAAUUUCACACAGGAUCAGCUGCACAAUGUCAGCAGAUACAUGAGAAAUGACAGAAAAAACUACCCGUUUUUAGAAGAAUAAUGAAUAAAAUGGUCAAAAAGCAUAGCACUGUUAGUGGUUCAAACUGUAAAAAUGUCUUCACUGAGUAUUGAGCCUUGCAUCUGUUUUUUAAUCAACACUAACAUAAACUAUAUCGAUAUAGCUGAACCCUUAUCCUAUGCCCUAUAUCUCCUUUUAAAAUAUAUUCAUAGGCUAUAUCUUAAUAAUUUGAGGUACUAUCCAUCUUUACUGGCCAUGCUGAGAAUAAAAACACAUUAGCAAUUGGCCAAUAUUUAGAUUAAACCACAAUAUAGUCUACAGCAAUUUUCACAUUGCAGAAUUCUUUAACUUAAAAAAUGUGUCAGAAUAUCAGUGUAAAACAAUCUGUUUUUGCAGAAGAAAUUUUAUGCUCUUCACAUCAUGCAAACAUUCUAGGGAAGCACGAUAUUAUCGGUAUGAUAUCAGUGCUUGCAGAUAUUAGUGUGAAAAGUUAGUUAUCAGUAUCGGCAAUGUUGUGGCUAUAAAAAUCUCCCCAUGUAAGAUGUAAAAGUUGGCUAUAUGAACAAAUAAGUUAGUGGACAUCAUUCCUUACACUUUAAAGUCUGUUGAAAGGACUGAAAUUUGUUCAUUUGUUCAUCCUCGAACUUCAAAUUGUGUGCUUUAAGAACUGAAGUUUGAAUUACAUUCAUAUAUUGGUAUCAAUAUUAGGAUAAGCUAAAAUGAUUUUGUAAAUAUUUGCAUAAUGGCUAUCAGCAAAAAUUGAAAAUCAUACAUUGAUGAAACAUUGAAAUAUUCAAUUUUUAGAGAACUUCAACCAAAAUCCUCCUUUCCUUGUUUUUGUAUAUGUAUUUCUUAAUCUAAAUAACAAUUACAUAAAAGUGAUCAUUCAUACAACAAUUAAACAGUUCAUACUGAACAUGCAAUAUGAGUCAAAAUAAUUCCAAUCAGUAUUAUCCCAAAAUCAGUUUUGUUAUAAUAUAAAAUUAUUCGCUGCUUGUGUUCAUUGAAAAAAAUACACAAGAUCAGGAACUUAAAAAAUAAUCGCAUAUUAAAUUGUGAUCACUAUAUUGGGAAAAAAAAUCCCAAUAAAAUUAUUUUCACAGAUUGUUCAGCCCUACUUUUAGCUGUUUUUCAGCAUCAAGAAGGGGCUUCUGAUAUCAGCUUUGUCAAUAACAACAGUGGGGGACAAACUAACCUGACUUUGUUUUUUUGAGUUUUAAGGCAAGAUUUGCUACUAAUGUCAAAAAAGUAUUCUUUUAUAUCAUUUUAUUCUCUCAUGUAUUAUAUUAAUUUAACCUUUUAUUAGCCAGGGUUGUCCCAGUGAGUUUGGAUAUCUCUAUUUCAAGGGUGCCCUGGACAGAAAUUGCAGAAAAACACAGUCCUGCCUACAAAAAACCACAUUAAUAUUUGGUCCAUCCAUCUAUUUUCUAUACUGCUUAUCCUGUCUGGGAUGGGCUAGAGCUUGUCCCAGCUGUCAAGGUUCAAAUGUAGUUUUAGAUUUGUCACAAGUCAAUCACAUCGGCCUGAUAUUUGAUGUUUAGUUUCUCUAAAAUAGAGCUAUUUCAAACAGACCAUACCAUCAGCACUAAGGAAAACAGAGGUCAGAUUUUGUAACUUAGCAACAAUAAGUGCCAGUGAGAAAUGCUCUGAAACUGAGGUUGUGGGCGCUGCCAGUGCAAAGAAGAAGGAUAAAAAACAGUUAAUGGACACAGGAACUGAUUUUUUUAUUUUAAUAAUUAAUGCACCAUUUAUUUAUGCUUCUAAGACUUUUGUUUUUUAAUCUAGAAUUGUUCUGAUGAAAUAGCAUCAUUAGCCUAAAAAAAGAAGCUUCCUAACAUCUCAGUUCAAACCUGCAUUUUUGGAAUCAAAAGCAAACAUUCUGAUUUGUAUUGGUUUAUUUUUAAAUAAAAAUAAAUUUUACUUGCAGGCAGAUACUUUUGAUUGUAGUUUUAAAGUUCUCGCAUCAUUUUAGUGAAAUGCAGUAGAUUUUGUUUCUUAAACUCAUCAGUUUAUUUGCACCAUAAAGACACUGAAGUAACCCUCUGGAAAGCAGUAAAGCUCUGGCUGAUGUAUCAGUCAGGUAGGAGAGUCAUAAUUGGCACCAGCAACAUGACGAUCGCCUCUGCAACCUCAACAUGAUAAAAAUCAGAGGAAACUGAACAGACUUUGAGUGGCCUAAGUUAUAUGGAUGAUAUUUCUCUCAUUAUUUUUGAGUUACAAACCCCUUUUUUUCGUCUAAAUGCCAAACUUGUGACGGUAUCAUUCCAAAAUAAAGUAAUGUUUGUUUUUGUUUUCACUCCAAAUGUGUCCCGGACAUUCAUCCGCCUCCAUGAAAGCCCUUUCGCAAGAUAGACUGGUUUUUAAAGGCUACAAACUGGCUAAGGCUCUCUCACAACCUCUUCUCCUCAAGUCUCACUCUCUCAGCCUACAUCACGAUUUGUGUUUCAUCCCAGUGUCCGCCCUUCCAAACGGAUUAAGGUACCUCUGAGCCCCUGAGAAAAUACAGGAUUCUUUGCCAACCAGAUAUGAGGCCAUUUUUUUGUCUUUGACCCUCUGAACCGCUCAUGAACUUAUUUGACCUUGUCCAUCCCCCGAGAACUCAUGUAUUUGUUGGAUAUUUUUCACUCUAUGAGACUGUUCUGUUGUUCCUGGAUAUUCUUUCUGGACAAUUCUGCAGGGUUGCUUAAGUGUAAACUGGAGAAAACAUGGCAGCGCCUUGCGACCAUUUUCACGUCAUUGUAGAUUUUCUUUCUGGGGUUUGGUUUGACUUUGUUUGACCUCUGUUCUUUCCAUCUCAGAACAAAAUGGACUGACAGCAUAAGAUCAAAUACUGCAACCUAAGAAAAGUGAUGUUUUAGUUGAUUGACGGCGGUUCUGUCUUUCAUUUGUGACUAGAAUAAUCUGUGAAAGUCCACAGUGUUAACUACCUAAAGGGCUUUCCGGACAGCAUUUGUAUGUCUUUUAAAAUGAAACAAUCCUCUGAGUUUAUUGAGAAAUGAGAGGAAAAUGUCUUCUUGUGCCAGCUGAGAAAAAGUGUGAAAGCUUUUCAUGGCAAAUAUUAUCUGCAAAGAGUGCCAAAUAAUUCUAUACUGAGCCAAAAGGCAGCCAGCCUACAUGACUAAAUGUUAGAUCACUGGAAUGGUUACGUCCCAUUUCCACUCCCCUUGAAAAACAUCACCCUAAUUGUACGACGUUUGAGCUCAUGCACCAUUAUUGUUAUGCUGCCAGUCUGUUUUCUGCUUUUGUCAGAGAAACAUCUCAGAAGCAGUAUAUUUUCUAAAUGAAACACUGUUGAUAAAAUGACAACAGCUACUAUGGUGAGGGAAUGAGAGGAUUUUAAAAGUGUCAUUGUUUUUAUUCUUCGUUGAUUUGAACAUUAUUCAUUAAUAGAUUUAACGGUAAUGACUAUUUAAUGUAACUGUAGUACUGUGUUUGUAAAAGAAAUUCAGUGAGUUGUGUUUUAUGACUCGUGGACUACCAGUGAAGUCAGCAUUUCAGUGUUAAUAAUUGAAUUGUUUUUUAAAGAUUAUUUUUGCGACGGCA